UUAAUCUCCUUAUUUUUCCCUUCAAAAUAACAGUUAUUGCAUGAGUAGAAAUGGAACAUGUUGAGGUGUCUCCUGAGUAUUCUGCGUGAACAUAAACUCAGAGCUUUGUCUCUGUGGUGUGCAGCCUGCCUCUUUUGAUUAAACGUUUAAAACAUUUUCUCCAUCCUUUUGUGCCUGGUCACAGUAGCUUGACAGCCCCUUAAAUCAAAGUAUGUGGAGAAUUAAUGAGCGAACGAUGUGACACUGACUGAUUCAGGGAAUGGUGCCAAACCAAACAGCUGUAAGUCAUGUUGUUGUUGUGGUGACAUGCAUAAUGGAUGAAAUUGAAAUAUCAAAUUUAAAUAAACAGUUAACAAAUGCAGCAAUCUUUCACAUCUCAUCUCCAUUUAAUUAUUUGAGAUGUUUUUUUUUUUACUCUAUAAAGUUUGAAAAGAUAUGCACAUUUGUGGCUAGGAAUAUUUUAUUUUUUAAAAAAAAUAACAGUCAAAUCCACACAGGAUGCUAUGUUUAUGAUGAAAAUAAGCUUUCCUUCCCCUGUGUUUCGUCUUUUCACUGUCAGUCACAUAUGCGAAAUGGCUGACAGUCCUGUAAUCUACAGCAGUGGCAGCCCAUAAUCCCAACCGAUCAAAGGUUGAGAUUACCAAAGAUGUGGGAGGGGCAGAGCUGCAGAUAGGAGGACAGUGAGAGAGGGUGAGCUCAGACAUGACAGUGGCGAUGCAGACCAGGCAGGGAUUGGUGCACACAAAUAGCCAGCCAAUCACUGCAGAGGAAGGGAAAAAUAACAAGGCAAGGGGAGAGCUAGUGAAAGAGGGAAGAGCAAUGAAAAAGCGAGGGAGACGGUGAAAUCACAGCAGCACAGGAGAGACCAAACAAGGAGGAGAGGAAGGAUGAGUGGAGCAGAGAGCGCUGAUCAGUGAAGCCUCCAGAGAGGGAGAGGAGAGGAAGAAGAUGAACAGGGAGAGGGGGGUGAGCAGCCAGCACUGAGAACAUCCAUCAGCUCAGGCAGCCAUGCUCUGAGCCCUGGAGCAGCAGGGCUACGCAGACACUGCACAGGCCCACCACCAGGCCCAUCUCAGCCCUCCAUCCCAGUCACCAACACUGGGCCAGGGAUACAAGAAUAUUCCCAUCACAUCAGCUGUGUAGAAGAGCCAUGAGGACAGCUAGGAAGGGCAGCGUGGAGAUGCCUGCAUUUAUGCGGCAGCUGGUGAAAGAGACGGAGAAGAGGGUCAGCUCUUUCUUCAAAGGGGGCCGUGGAGGAGCAGCAGAGGGAGAGCAGCCGGGGGAGGGAGAGAAGGAGGAGGUCAUCCCCAGCCCUUACCUGGACCGGCCGGUCCUGGACAAACUAGCAGAGGAGGGCUGCGCACGCUGGGGCCUCACCUACGCCCUAGGAAGCAUGCAAGGCUGGAGGGCCAACAUGGAGGACUUUCACAACUGUGUUCCACAGCUGGGUGGAGAGCUGGCCGACUGGAGCUUCUUCGCUGUGUUUGAUGGUCAUGCGGGCAGCACGGUAGCACAGUACUGCUCCCAGCACCUUCUGGGCCACAUCCUUGCCACAGGUGGAUUGGGACCAGAGGAUGACCCUGAAAAGGUGAAAGGAGCCAUCAUUGAGGGCUUCCUGCAAACAGACAAACACCUGCACUCUGUGGCACGUCGAGAAGGCUGGGAGAGGGGUGGUACCACUGUGGUGGCCACUCUCAUCUCACCGUACUACAUCUAUUUCGCCAACUGUGGUGACUCGAGGGCCAUGUUGUGCCGGUCUGGCCAGGUUUGCUUCUCCACUGAGGACCACAAACCUUACAGUCCUCUGGAGAAAGAGCGUAUUGAGAGCGCAGGUGGCUCAGUGACCAUCCAAAGGAUCAACGGCUCCCUGGCAGUGUCCCGCGCUCUGGGGGACUUCAGCUACAAGGGAGCAGAGAACCGGGCGCCCAGCCAGCAGAUGGUGUCACCAGAGCCAGAGGUGUGUGUGGUGGAGCGUUCACCAGCAGAUGAGUUCCUGGUGCUCGCCUGUGACGGGGUGUGGGACACCAUCAGCAAUGAGGAGCUGUGCGCCUUCAUCCACAACCGGCUGCGUGUCUGCACUGACCUGAGGGAGGUCUGCACACAAGUCAUUGACCUCUGUCUCUAUAAGGGCAGCUUGGACAACAUCAGUAUCAUCCUGCUGUGCUUCCCUGGUGCCCCCCAGCUGUCAGCAGAGGCACUACACCAGGAGGCUGAGCUGGAGGACCUGCUGGAGUCCAAAGUUGCAGAGAUUUAUGACGAGCUGUGUGCCAGAGGGGAGGAACCAGACCUGCUCUCUGUCCUCACAAUCCUCGCAUCCACUGUUAUCCCUGGACUACCACCAGGUGGAGGCAUACAGAGCAAAAGGAACUGCAUUAUUUCUGCUUACUAUCAACAAAGAGAUACACACAAGCCCACACUGCCAAAUGGCUUAGGAAGCUCCUGAGAAGCCCAGCUGGAUCCAUGAAGGGACUGUAAUUUAUGUCAAUAUUAAAACUGUUUUCUUCAUGUGUGCAAUUUGACAGUAAGGGGAGAUAAUUAACAGACAGGGACGUUUGUUUACAUCAUGCCAGCAAGCAGCAUCUUAACAUAACAAAUACAAUGAAAGAAAUACAUUUUAUAUUUAUACAAGAAUGACAUUUUGUAAAACCUACUCAGAGACACUGAUCCAGCAACAAAUCGCUGCCUCAUAUUCAGUAAACAGAAGAUACAGAUAACAAUUUCAAAUGAUAUCGUGAAUAACAGCCGACUGUGAAACUGUACAUUUUCAAUGGAUAAAAUAGGGAUCAUGAGUAUAUGUAGAGUUAUAUUUUAAAGAUGUUUUAAGAAUAGAUAUUUUAAAACAGUAGAUAAUAUAAAUAAAAAUAACAGAAUCAUUCCUACUUUUUUUUCAGUUUACCUUUCCUUUAGGAAAGAAAAAAAUGUGUUGACUGAAACGUUGUCAGUGCUAGCCAAAAGCUAACGUGCAGCUUACAUAUAUUCAUUUGAUUCACUUGAGCAUGCUAACAGUGCUAACAGCUGUUAGGGAUGCACAAAAGCAUCUUUUCCUCCUGUGGUCUAAAGUGAUUGACAGUGAUUAAAUAUUUUGACUAAUCUCAACGCAUACACUUACAAAAACAAAACAAUAUGAUUCCCAAAUAAAUCAAAGGGGAUGCUUUUUGAAAAGGUGUUUACUUUAUGUUUUAUUUUAAACAUGUAGGACAAAAUGCAUUUGGCUGAAGAGAUGUUAGGAGAAUGUCAUUUAUUCAAAUAAUUAUGUGAUAUUUUUUUUUCUUUUUUUUUUUUUUAAAAAAAAACUAGCCUACACAGCAUGUUGUGAUUUGAUUGUGACCAUAAAUUGAGCUCAAAGUACCCAUAAAUUGGCCAAAUCCCCUAAAACAUAUAUUUACUGAUCAAUCAAGAUGCAUUUUACAUGAAUAAGUUCUGCACGAAAACCUUUCUGGCAGUUCCCUCUAUAUAUUAACCAUAUUUCUAAACACAUUUGUCAACACAGCACAUGGGAAAUGUGUUUUUUCCACAAGUUGGAUGAUAUGUACUGUGCUGCCUUAUUCAUCUUUUACACACCUGAC